UGCAGAUUCAGGCUGCCAUUAUUUAGAGGCCAAAGGAAAUGUCUGUCACUUUCUUGUCUGAGACAGAAAUAUCUGGCACCAUUUUUCACCAUAAUGGAUACUUCUAAAUCCUAAUCAUUGUGCUUUGAGAGUUUGCAGUUCAGAAGACAAAACUCUGUCUGACAAUUCUGGACGAAAGCAAAGAUACAGAAUCUGUUAGAAGAAGAAGCCAGCAAUCUGAUCAUCAGUUCAUCACCAGGCAUGUCUCUGCUGUCGAAGCUGAGGCUGGUGACCGUGGACGUGACCGGGACUCUGAUAGCAUACAGGGGGCAGCUCGGCGACUACUACUGCAUGGCGGCCAAGUCUGCCGGGAUGCCGUGCCCUGACUACAAGCGCGUGCACGAGGGCUUCAAGGCUGCCUACGCCGCCAUGGCCGCGAAGCACCCGUGCUUCGGCCAUGCCUCCGACAUGCCCAACAUCGACUGGUGGAAGAUGUGUGUCAGGGACUCGUUCGUCAGGGCUGGGUACGAGUACGACGAUGCCACAUUUGAGAGAAUAUUUCGACGGAUUUACUGCACGUUCGGUUCCUCUGCCCCCUACUCGGUGUUCCCGGAUGCGCAGGACUUCCUCCGAUGGCUGCGCCGCAAUGGCUGCGCCGUCGGGAUCGUCAGCAACGGCGAGCGCCGCUACAGGGACGCCGUUCUGCCUGCGCUUGGUCUCAAUCAGGGGUCGGAGUGGGAUUUCGGGGUGUUCUCCGGCGUCGCCGGCGUGGAGAAGCCGGACAGGAGGGUGUACGAGGCGGCGCUGGAGAUGGCCGGCGGCGUGGCGGCGGCGGAGGCGCUCCACGUCGGCGACAGCAUGCGCAAGGACUACGCGCCGGCGCGCGCGGCCGGGAUGCACGCGCUGCUGCUGGACAGGUUCCGCACCGCGGAGGCGGAGGGCUGGCGGCGGUCCGGCGCGGUGGUGCUCCCCGACCUCGCCGCCGCCCGGGAGUGGCUCACCGCCGGCGAGGCAGCUGCCCGAGACGUCUGACACAAGAGAGAAAUGCAGCGACCAAAAUGCAUGGAAACUUGUAAAAUAUCACCCCAAGUUUCGAAACAAAUCGCAAAAAUUUCACGCGAAAUCGAAUUUGGUUUGCCAAAAAUCUGUGCGCCGAAUUCUGUCCAUACAUUUCGCCUUGUAUGUAUGCUUCACAUAUUGCAGUCUCUUUUCGUUUCAGCCUCGUUACCUACAGUUAUGAAUUUGUCUGGCAAAAUUUAAAU